CUAAAUAAACUCACUUUCAGUUUUGAUAUCAGGAAGUUGGAGUGAAGAAUAAAACAUUGAUGUUGCUAUUUUAUCCGAUAUUGUGAGCUGGACAUAUAAACCAUUGCUUGCGACAUAAAGAGACCAUGGAUGGCACAGAUGGUGUUGAGAUACCAGAUCUUGCAGCCAGUUUACACAUAUUCUCAGAUGACCUAGCAUUGGAAUCCACUACAUGUCUAUCAGGGGAGGCCAGAGGAGAGCGGUUAAAUGGUGUGAUGGUAACUACAGAGAACAUGGGUGUGGAUGAGGAGGAGAGCCUGUUGAAAUACUCCACCACCCUCACGAAUAGGCAGCGUGGGAACGAGGUCACAGUCAGACCAGCUACUUUAGACAUUCUGUCCAUUCACCAGCUAGCUGCCCAGGGGGAGGUCUUACAGGUGGCCACACACCUGAGCAAAGACAGUUCAUUAUUAAACCGCCAGGAUGAACGGGGCUUAACUCCUCUCAUGUGGGCAGCAGCGUUUGGAGAGAAAGCCAUGGUGGAUUUCCUCCUGGAAAACGGGGCAGAUCCUAGUAUGAUAGCAUGGGAACGGGAGAGUGCCUUGACCCUGGCGAGCUCAGGAGGCUAUGCAGUCAUAGUGAAACGUCUUCUUGAACAUGGAGUAGAUAUCAAUGCUUAUGACUGGAAUGGUGGUACUCCUCUCCUUUACGCUGUUAGAGGGAACCAUGUAAGGUGUGCUGAGGCCCUCUUAGAUAAAGGGGCAGACAUGAACAUUGAGGCAGAUUCUGGGUAUAGUCCAAUGGCCUUAGCUGUUGCCCUCGGACACAAACAAGUCCAAAAGGUGUUAGAGGACCAUAUUCUGAAACUCCUGAAGAAAAAAGCAUGACACCAGCUAAGGGUACCAGGAUGUGGUUAGAGAGGACGUUGUGCUGAACAGAGGAUCACCUGCUGGCAUCAGUGGUGAGGUGGUUGACCAAAACACUGACGCCACAAAAGGCGGUUGGUAGUGAAGACACUUGGAACGGAAGCUCCAACGUUAAGGGACACUGUGGUUCUUAUCUUGUACAUUUAUUCAACAAGUUUUUUAUAUUAUGGAAAUGCUUAUAUUUCUUUUUUUUUGGGGGGGGGGGGCAAACUAUCUUUAAAUAUAUAUUUUAAAAAACUGGAGGUUUUGCACCAAUGGAUAGUAAACAAAUAUUCAAAAACAAAAUGCAUACACAUUUUACGACGUUCAUUUGGAAUGGGAAAUCAAAUGCACAGCACAAGCAUUUGAAUAUGCAGGUGGUUGCGUGACCUUAAAGCCUGGAAAGCACAAUAAAAUCCAGAUUCUUUGUCUGAGCCAAAUCCUCCCUUUUCCCUUGUUCUUUGUGUGCGCAAGCAGGUAACCAACUUAAAAUGUCCUCACCAAAAGCAAUCAGAUAUGGUUCCCAUUCAAAACAAUUAAUUUGGGGUGGUAGUCUUCCAGCAGUCAUGUUCUUCAAUGGCACUAUACCCUCUCUUUCCCUAUAAGUCGCUCCCUCUCUCACGCAGAAACAGAAACGUCACAAAGCUCUUUCCCCCAGGAUGUCCAAGGAGUAAACAAUUAUUCUGCCAAAGAAGUCGGCACUGUUCUCAAACACUAUUUGUAGCCUGUGCACCGUGGGGACCUCCUGGAUGGGAAAUCUGUGGGUGUGGAGUUAAGAACCAGAUAAGCAGAGGAGUAAUGAAAGAGAACGGCACAGAACAAUGUUAAUUAAAAGCUGCUCUGUAGCUACUAGGCAUUAAAAUCAACAUUUCUGUAUUACAGUAUUUAGGUCCAGGCAUAACUUUUCUCUACUAUUACAACUUAUUUAAGCAAUUAUUACAACUAAGACUAGUGUCCUGUCCAGGCGGUGUAGUUCUACAUCAAGCUGCCUCACGUUUGAAUUACAAGGCCAUUCUGUCUCGACCAAGACUUACUACAACUAAUUUGAACUGGUAUGAUUUUAGAGACAUUUAAUAAUACAUUGAAGGAUAUUUGUAGUGAGCUGCUGUCUUCUGGGUAAAAAUCUAUGAUUUUAGCCAAGUCUCCAUCUUUUGGGCAUCCUGACGGGAAAGUGAAAGCCUUUUCAGGAUCAUUGACAGUCUGUCUCUUUUUUUACAUAUGACGUGUUAUAGCAUAGUAUGACAAUGAAGCAUUGAAAAUAAUACCUUAAUAAUAAAUAAUUUGGUGAGUACUUAUUUGUCCUAUUUCACAUGUGAAUUGUUCUUCAUGGUGGUACACUGACCAAAGGAGUUAUGGGUGUGUGUGUGUGUAUAUAUAUAUAUAUAUAUAUUUAACACCUUCCAAUCCACGUUUUACCUGAAAAGCCACCUUGGAACUGCACCUUUAAUUCUGAAACUCUGAAGGACUGUGGGAAUUCCAGAGUAACUCACUGAGAAUCGCCCUGUAAAAAGUUAACAUAAAGUAGGUGCUAGUGUCAUGGGUAUGUCUGCUGCAGGCUUUCACCUCACCUUUUGUGUGUGUGGUGUAGUGCGCACACACACACACACACACACACACACACACACACACACACAGCAUUCGGAAAGUAUUCAGACCCCUUAACUUUUUCCACAUUUUGUUACAGGCUUAUUCUAAAAUGGAUUUUUUUUUUAAGACAAAAUGUUCCUCAUCAAUCUAAACACAAUAGCCCAUAAUGACAAAGCAAAAACUGUUUAGACAUUUUUACUUUGUUGAAGCACCUUUGACAGCGAUUACAGCUUUGCGUCUUCUUGGGUAUGACUCUCCAAGCUUGGCACACCUGUAUUUGCAGAGUUUCUCCUAUUCUUCUUUGCAGAUCCUCUCAAGCGCUGUCAGGUUGGAUGGGGAGCAUCACUGCACAGCUAUUUUCAGGUCUCUCCAUAGAUGUUCGAUCGGGUUCAAGUCCGGACAUUCUGAGACUUGUCCCAAAGCCACUACUGCGUUGUCUUAGCAGUGUGCUUAGUGUCAUUGUCCUGUUGGAAGGUGAACCUUCGCCCCAAUCUGAGGUCCUGAGUGCUCUGGAGCAGGUUGUCAUCAAGGAUCUCUCUGUACUUUGCUCUGUUCAUCUUUCCCUCGAGUUAGACUAGUCUCCCAGUCCCUGCAGCUGAAAAACAUCCUCACAGCAUGGUACCGUCACCAUGCUUCACCAUAGGGAUGGUGCCAGGUUUCCUCCAGACGUGACGCUUGGCAUCCACGCCAAAGAGUUCAAUCUUGGUUUCAAAGGAUCGAGAAGGGCAAGAAGGUAGAGACAACAAUACAUCACACAAAGCAGCCACAACUGUCAGUAAGAGUGUCCACGAUUGAGUCUUUUAAUGAAGAGAUUGAGAUAAAACUGUCCAGUUUGAUUGUUUGUUGCAGCUCGUUCCAGUCGCUAGCUGCAGCGAACUGAAAAGACGAGCAACCCAUGGAUGUGUGUGCUUUGGGGACCUUUAACAGAAUGUGACUGGCAGAACGAGUGUUGUAUGUGGAGGAUGAGGGCUGCAGUAGAUAUCUCAUAUAGGGGGGAGUGAGGCCCAAUGGUCUAAACAAUCUGACCCAGAUGUUUUUGGGGGGUCGAGUUUAAGGAGCUCCUUUAGCACCUCAGACUCAGUGACCGCCUGCAGGGAGAAACUUUGUAGUGGGGCAGGGGAAAAGAGGGAGAAGCAUCAGGGAUAGUCACAUUAGAAUGGGUGGGAGAUGAGGAAAUGUUGGACUGGCAAGGAGGCAUGGCUUACUCAAAUAGGAAUCCUGACUUAAUGAAGUGGUGAUUAAAGAGCUCAGCCAUGUGCUUCUUGUCAGUAACAACCCCAUCAUCAACAUUAAGGGACAUGGGCAGCUGUAAAGAGGAGGGUUUAUUCUCUUGGUCUUUAACCUUUUCAAAACUUCUUGGGGUUAGACCCACAGAGAGAGAACUGCUCCUUAAAAGUAACUAACUUCGGCCUUCCAGAUAGCCUGAGUCACUUAUUUCCCAUUUACCUGAGCCAGUCAGCCUGAGUACACGUGUCCCAAGCCUUUCACCAGAUGCAUUUCUUGAGGUAGAGUAACCCUGCAAGAUCACGGUUGAACCAGGGGCUGAAACUGUUUUUAAUUCCCAUUUUCUUUAUGGGGCCGUGUUUGUUAACAAUACCACUGAAAAUAUCAAAAAAGAAGGUCCAAGCGUCUUCGACAGAGGGGAUGAAGCUGAUUCUAUACCAUUUUACAGGCCAGUUCAUGAAGGAAUGCUUGCUCUUUCAAGUUGUUUAGCAAGCGUCUAUGCCAAAUCAGGACAGGUCGUUUCACUGAGCAUCCAUUACGAACACAGGCUGUAAAACAGUGAUCACUAAGGUCAUUACAGAAAACACCAGACUGAUACCUAUCAGGAUUAUUUGUGAGGAUAACAUCGAGGAGAGUAGCCUUUUCUGGGUGUUUGGAGUCAUACCUUGUGGGAUUGGUGAUGAUCUGAGAAAGAUUUAGGGAGUGCCAUUGCUUUAGGACUUGGUCAGGUGUAUUAAGCAUGUCCCAUUUUAGGUCACCCAGCAGGACAAAUUUAGACUUAGGGUAUGGGGUCAGGAGAGAGCUUAGGGCAGGUAGGGUACAGACCGGUGCUGAUGGAGGAUGAUAGCACCCAGCAACAGUCAACAAAGAGCCAUUUGAAAGUGUAAUGCUUGAAACCAUCAAAUUAAAUUGUUUGGGGACAGACUUGGUGGAGACAACUGGAGGUGAUCCUUGGUAAAGAUUGCCACUCCCCCACCUUUGGAAGAUCGAUCUUUCCGAAAAAGGUUAUAACUAUAAAGGUUAACAUCAGUAUUCAAAACACUCUUCCUUAACUUCUUGGUGACAGGGGGGAAGGUAUUGAGUAGCUUGGAUGAAUAAGGUGCCCAGAGUAAACUGCCUGCUACUCUGUCCCAGAUGCUGAUAUAUGCAUAUUAUUAGUAGUAUUGGAUAGAAAACACUCUGAAGGUUCUAAAACUGUUUGAAUGAUGUCUGUAAGUAUAACAGAACUCAUAUGGCAGGCGAAAACCUGAGAAAAAUCCAACCAGGAAGUGGGAAAUUUGAUGUUUGUAGUUUUUCAACUCUUUGCCAUUCCAAUAUACUGUCAAGCCCUGGCCUUAUCUUUGUUUUCUUUAUUAUUUUGGUUAGGCCAGGGUGUGACAUGGGUGAUGUAUGGUUUUGUCUCAUCUAGGGUGUUUGUACUGUCUAGGUUUUUUUUGUAGAUUUAUGGGUUUGUGUUCAUUCUAGGUGUUUAUGUAAGUCUAUGGUUGCCUAGAUUGGGUCUCAAUCAGAGACAGGUAGGUGUUUAUCGUUGUCUCUGAUUGGGAACCAUAUUUAGGCAGCCAUGUUCUUUGGGUAUUUUGUGGGUGAUUGUUUCCUGUCUUUGUGUUCUCUGCACCAGAUAGGACUGUUUCGGUUUUGCCACGUUUGUUAUUUUGUAAAGUGUGUUCAGUUUUUUUCCCCUAUUAAAAACAUGGACACCUAC